ACGAGUUAUCGGGCCCGACACGCGUGUGUUCAGAGGUAAAGAAAUUCUUUUGAAUGAACGACUUGCGCCUUAACAAUCAUUUUCCCCAAUCAGAAUUCGCAUAGUAUUAAUGAAUUCCCUUUUUUCGUUCAGCAAGCAUGCGUGCGGCGUAAAGUAUAUGGGGUGAAUGCGUUUGAAAGUUUCGUUUUCAAUCUAAUUCUGUCAAUUGUGUAUGUCGGAGGCUAGCACGCGGUUUGCUGUCGACUGCGCUGAUUGGUUGAUAAAGCAGAUGUCAACACAAAGUAGUGCUGGCCACCUCCCAGGGUGCACCUCGCUGGGUCAUCGCGCAUGCGCUCUGGGUUACAGUUGCGACAAGAAACCUCGUGAAGACCGUCCGUGCACUUUGAAUGAAAAUUCUUGAAAGAGAACUAGCGUUUGAUGCGAGAAAGAUUUCAUCAUGGCUUCUAUAAAUCCCAAACGUUUUAUUUUGCAAGCUAUUGAACAUCUUCGAGGGCGGAAAGCGCGACCCGAUCUUCACCGAAUCUGCAACAUGCUGAAGAAAAGGCACAGUUUCAACUUUGCGGACACGACGCGCUGCAUCGAAAACCUGAUGGAUAUGGGAAUUAUUAUCAAAGUGGAAUACAAAGGAAGUAUCAGCUACCGAGAUGCAGCGAGGUGGAAAAAAGGACAUGUGGCAGGACAGAUUAUCAACUCCGACGUUCUCGUGUCCAAAAUUCAAGGUGCCAUUGAUGCCAUUGAGAGUCAAGCUAGAGCCGCAGACGGCAACCAUGCAAACGGCUGCGGAGACAGUGCCGAUAGUACAGAAGAAAUCGGAGGAGGGACCAAAGAAGAGAUUGAGCAAUAUCUUAGGUCGCAGAAUGGUGAAGCAAACUGUCAGCUCUCGGGAGAUGCCAUGUUUGAAGCGCUGAUACGAGAAGUUGAGAGACAAACUCUGCGCAAAAUUUGCGACAGGUAUUUCGUCGGCAAGCGGGUUAUCCCGUCUCCGCAGCAGCGCCGCAGCCGCUCGCCCGUAAAACUCUCAGAAUCGUCCCCAAAAGCGAAGCGCGCAGUGUCCGCUUCUCCCAACCCAGAUAAAGAAGAUUCUUCUUCUGAUGCCGGCAGUGUCAGGAAGAGAGGUCGCCCCCCAUCUAAAAGAAAGAGAUUCAAGAAAAAUCAUGGGGAUGACUUUGAAGUUCUUCCCAUUGGAAAACCAAGAAAAGUUGCAAGUGCAGAGACUCAAGAUGCUGAUACUUUGGAAAGAAAAGAACUUGAUUUACCACCAGAGCUGGCACCAGAAUCGUCACUGCAUGAAAAAUUCCGGCGCUGUAAUGAUGACCACCUGACAGAAGUGCCAAGUCGCCAUGAGGGUCAGGAGCAGGAUCUGCUAGUGUGCACCAUUUGUCACAUAAAGGCUCAUCCUUAUUGUGUCAAUUAUUCUGAAGAACGGUUAGAGAGGAUUGACCGUAAUACCUGGCGUUGCGUGACAUGCAAGCAGUGCUCUGUGUGCAACUCUUUUGUAAAAGCUGCAAUCCCAGUUAUUUGCAGUGGAUGUGACAAGGCCUAUCACAGAUCUUGCCAUCAGCCAAUCUUGAAGAAACGACCCAAAGAUGGCUGGAAGUGCUCUGAGUGUGUGACAGAUGCCCAGGUGAUGGGUUUAGUGAUCAGACAGCAAGUUGACCAUGAUGACUUAAGCCUGCAUGACUCCCUGCCGUCAUCAGUCCACCCAGAAAAUGCAGAAACAGAACAUCUUUUCCACCAACACCCUGUGACUCACCAUCUCCUGAUAAUGUAGAUAAAUUGAGCUAUUCAGCGUGGUGGUGCAAGAACCUUAGGGGUGGCAAGGAGGCCAGCUUGGGCCCAGAAAUGCCAGUUUUGGAACCAAUUCUGCCCAGACAAGAAAGUAAAGAGGAACGACGCUUAGUGGUCAGUAAAUUCGAUGGGCAGUCUUUCCCUGAUGUGACACACUGGUCAGUGGACAAGGUCGUGGAGUUUGUAGAGUCUGCAGGAUUUUUGGAUCAGGCACAGGCAUUGAAAGCAGAGGAAAUUGAUGGAGAAGCACUUAUGGACCUCAAGCGUAAUGAUGUGCUCACCAGGUUUUCUCUCAAGCUAGGUCCUGCCUUGAAACUGUACCGUCUGAUUCUGAACAUGCAGACCAAUGGGAAUGCAGCAGACUUUAUUUAGUGCACAACUCGUUCACAGCCACAGCCACAGGACAGUCAUGCUGCACAGGUGUACUGAAAGUAAUGGCUAAUUUUGCAUGGUGGCCCUUUUAAGUAUUUUCAAGAACAGAAGUCAGCCAGUUGGCUGAUAUGAUUUAAAUAUUGUGUGUCUGCUCACCUGCUUUGGCCAAAGUACCAUUGAGUACAGUACUUUUCCACUUGUGUGUCGGACCUCAUUGUAACCUGAAGAAUGUUAAAUGUGAUGUUUUGAGGACAUGACCAUUAUACUUUCCACAGUUAUGCAUAUAUUGACUGCGAAAUAAUUUAUUACAAGAGUUGUUUCAGAGGGUAGAGAAGGUGCUGUAACGAAAGUAAUUUUUUUUUAUGGCACCAAGCUAAGGGGCUCACUGGGAUAACUUCUUUUUCAUCAUAAUGGCACAAAUUAUAGUUGAUGCCAUCAAAAUUGUGUGAAGUGUGGAGUUAAUUCAGUAAUAAAUUAUAUUCGUCUCCCUUCAGUCUUGGUGAAAAAGAAAAAAAAGCAAUAAAGAAUUUCUGACAUUUAAGUAGUAGUUGUGGAAAUGCUUUAAAGCUUGCAGCUUGGGUCUGCACAAUACACAAUACAGAAAGAGAAGGCAAAGAACAAUGUUAAUAGAUAUUAAAGAACAAGCACAUUCAGGGAUACAUUUGAAUGACGACAGCCUGUCUUUAGCAGUGAAAGUACUUGGUAAAAUUCUUAUAUAUGACCUAGGCAGGAAAAGAUGUUAUUGACAAGUCCGGUUCUUAGUCCCUGCAGGGCCAAGGCAUAGGGCAUGUGCAGGGCCCUCAACUCCAAGAUCACUAGUUACCAUAUUUAUCAAAAGCAUUUGAUGGCCUUUAAGCAUGGCCCUGGUCAUCGAUGUGAGCUAAUGCCAAGGGAGUAUGAAAUUAAUGCUCUAAAUCGAAAAGGUUACAUUUUAAACUUAUUAAACUCUUUAACCGUGUGGAUUGUUGACUGAUGUCUUAUGUGUUAAUUCUGCAGACUUGAUUGUAAUCCUGACAAAAAUCAGAAUCAGAUGCUGGAACUAUUUUGACUUUUAUCAUAGCAAAUGAGAGCACCAAGAUUACUGGGGUAGGGGGGAAACCUAUAACUUUUUUCACAUGAUAAACUUUACUUUCUAAAAAGUUCUGUGAUUGACGAGCACAAAAUGCCAUUUCUUCAUAAACUUUCCUUGCAAGCAUUUGUGUUGUUUUGACUAAUGAGGAUAAAAUCAAAAGUAUAGCAUAGGCGCCAUGACUUUUCUUUUAGCUGUUGUAAUAAACUAGUUAGAAUCUCAAAUUUUUAAAAGAGAAAGGUUAAAAAGUUGAUAUGUGCUUACUCAGUGCUGAUGUGCAAGUAGAUUUUGAAUUUGUUGCCUUUAGUUCAUUCAUGCUUGUUUGCUCUUGAUCAAAACAAGUCUUGCAUUUUUGGCUUUUUAACAAUGUAGGUUGUGAAUCAAAUAUAUUGUAAGGUAUAAUUAUUUCAUAGUUAA